AUCUCAUUUUCAAGAUAAAUUUGACGAGAAAGAAAAAAAAUAUCCUUCAAGCAUAUACGAGAAAACGAUAAUAUCGCGAUAAUAUCGUGAUUUUUGUCCGACACGUAUCUAUCUGUUACAUGAACGAUGAUAGGAUUUGCGAAUUUUCUCUUGUCCACGUACAGGUGAUAAUAAGCAAAGCAAAACUCGACGCGACGUCAAUCGGCUAAUCAAUCGGGUGGACGGCGAAAGGCUUGCAAAAAAAGGCAAUCAUCUUUUAAAUUCGACACGACGCGGCUCGUAACGCGCCGGGCUGCGAAUACGAAUUAGAUACAAUCGGUUCGGUGAAGAAACGCGGCUUUCGUCGUUGCAGGUGCAAGCCCGAACAAGCGAUGGUGGAGGUGCUUUUGGAUCGUAUCGACGGCCAGGAGGUUGCCAUCGUCGACUCGAACUGCAUACCAGAAUCACCGACAAAAUGCUCGCCGACGGAGAACUCGUCGGCGAUCAACGAGAAGCUGUCGCCAAUUCAGGAGUUCUACUACGGUCAAAGCAUCUUUCUUACUGGUGGUACUGGUUUCAUGGGCAAGCUGCUAAUCGAGAAGCUUCUCAGAACGUGUCCUGGAGUGGCCUCAAUCUAUUUGCUAGUUCGUCCAAAGAAGGGCAAAGACGUGCAUCAACGCACCGAAGAGAUCUUUGAUGACCCGCUAUUUACAAAACUUAGAGACGAGCAGCCAAAGUUUCGGCAUCAAAUUGUCGCUAUAGCGGGAGACUGCAGUCAACCGAAUCUCGGAAUGUCCUCCCAAGAUCGGGCUACCAUUAUUCGGGAGGUUUCAAUCGUUUUUCACGUCGCGGCUACGGUCAGAUUCGAUGAAAAGUUGAAACUAGCGGUACCCAUUAAUGUCAGAAGUACGAGAGAUGUUCUGAAUCUUUGCAAGGAGAUUCCAAAUCUGAAGUCUUUUGUGCACGUGUCGACUGCGUACGCAAACUGUCCACAAAGAGUGAUCGAAGAGAAGUUUUACGAUCCGCCAAUGGACUCUGACAAACUAAUUGCGCUUAUGGAAUGUAUGGAAGACAAGUUGGUUGAAGACAUCACUCCGCAAUUAUUAGGAAAAUGGCCAAACACCUAUACCUAUACGAAGGCAGUUGCUGAGAAUGUGAUUAAGAAACAGGCUGGUGACUUGCCAAUCGGCAUCUUUCGUCCUGCCAUUGGUUAGCAUAAA